AGUGGGUGUGACUUACAGUGUUGCCGAUAAAAAUGGAAAACGUAAACUAGGGGACAUUUUGGUGCUGUGGAAACUAGUAACAACUUCUGAUACUCAUGUCUAUAUUUUUUUCGUUUAAGUAGUCAAGAUGGAUAUAUUUUAGUGGGCGCUGUCUGAUUAAUGGCUGCAGAGGUCGCUUACGGGCCAGGUGCUAAUUUUAAAGUUAAUAUCGAUUUCAUUUCCUUUUGGGUUUGGCUGGAAAAGUGAGGAGCGCACGUUUUAUGGUCUCCGAAUGUCACUGUAAAGGAUGGACGGCUGGAGUCCUGCGGUCGCGACGGCCCCCGAUAACGACCGGUCCAGCUCCGAGGGGGAGUACGUGGUGGAACCCGGGGAGGACGAUGGAACCCGGGGGCCGGAGGACCGACAGCAGCGGGAUUGCGUGGACCGGAUGGACGACGGCGCUGCUGCGCUCGGGUUCGGGUUAAGCGUGGCUGGGGAGGGAAAAAUGGUGUUGGGUCGAGUCGAACCGAGAGAUGACAAAGAACUUCGGUACCUGCACUUGUUGUGGCAGCCAAACCGAGCCGAGCUGUGUACAGGUGAGGUGACAAGCAAGCUGGGGAAGAUGACUGGAAGCAGAAACAGGAGGUACAACAGAGCCGCCAGGAGUCUGGGUCCUAUUGGUAAAGAUAUUUAUGCUGCAAAAAGGCUAAGAGAAGCAGCCAACAGCAAUGACAUUGACACAGUGCGAAAGCUCCUGCAGGAUGACAUUGAUCCCGGUGCAGCAGAUGACAAGGGAAGGACAGCUCUGCACUUCUCCUCCUGCAAUGGCAAUGAGAGCAUUGUGCAGUUACUGCUGAGCUUUGGUGCUGACCCGAACCAGCGAGACAGUCUGGGGAAUACCCCCCUCCACCUGGCGGCCUGCACCAACCAUGUACCUGUAAUCACCACAUUGCUGAGAGGAGGAGCUCGUGUAGAUGCCCUUGACCGUGCAGGAAGGACACCUCUGCAUUUAGCACGCUCCAAGCUUAACAUCCUGCAGGAGGGAGAUUCACGCAGCAUAGAAACCCUGAGAGGAGAAGUCACACAGAUUAUUCAAAUGCUGAGGGAGUAUCUAAACUUAAUGGGACAAAGUGAAGCUAAAGAGAGGCUGGAACACAUUUCGACACAGCUGCAGCACACGUGCACCAAAGAACAGGUGGAUGAGGUGACUGAUUUACUGGCCAGUUUCACGUCACUCAGUUUACAGAAACAGAAGCUUGGGGAUAGGUAGAUGGUACGUCAAAUAGAAAAAAGCUUGUGUCCUGCCUUGUUAUAUAGGUGACAUCUGUUCCUCGCUGGACAGACUGUUUUCUCAGUGUUUUUUUUUUUUAAUCUGAUUUUUCUGAAAACCUGAAACAUGAUACUUGGGAUCUGGCAAAAGAGAAGCGCAUUCUAAUAUAUUGUCUACUGCAUGUGAAAGGUUCGUCCCCAGAACGUGCUUAUAACAACCUUGAAUGAUUGUUUUAAGUGCUAUGUUGAAAUGAUAAAGCCUUGUUUUUCAGCCUUAACUCACUACUUGAAGCAGAGGCCAUGUUUGUUGGUGGAGGCUAAGGCAUUCAGCACCCUUGUUUAAAUCUGUAUUUUAUGGUAACUGAUAGCUUCUUGUCUGCAUCUACCCAGUAUUUCUUUUGUUGUUUGUCAGGUGUGCAGUACUAUAUGACUGACAAAUUCACUGUAUGUCAAAAUACUACAUUUUGAUAUGUUAAAAAACAUCACCAACAAGAAGUAAUAAAAUUAUGCAGGACCCACAUUCAAAUACCAAUUGACAACAAAUUUUUAUUGGCUUUUGAUGAGACUGACUCUUCUGCCAAAUUCCACUGAGAUUGGCAAAAAAAUUUUACCUGGGUUGCAAAAGCAGUGCAGGACUGUUUGAGUCCAUACCUAUGUGUGUGUGUGUGUGUCUGUAUGAUUGUAUGUUUGAUUUGUACAUGAUAUCUUGACAAAGACUUCAUGUCUCAAGGUGAAACUUGGUACACAAAGUCACCUCACCAAGACCUCUUACAAGUUACAUGUUGCACAUGUUUUGAUUCUAAUUGAAGCCACCAGUGGGUAAAGUCUGUAAAACCAUGUGUACAUGAUAGCUUUCCAAACACUUUGUACAUCAAAGGGGCUAUCUGUAUGUAGCUGUAUUAAUAAUAUCAAAUUCUAUUCAUACGUAGCGUUGCCAUGUUGGUGGUUAGUUUUAGGGUAAGGAAUUAGGGUUAAGAUUUGGGAGAAGUUCUUUUUUUAACAUGGGUAUCCAACAAAAGCACUUAAUAGCAACUUAUUCCCGAAGAGCCCACGGCAUGUCUCUCCACCUCCCCAGCACUCCUCCAACUAAGCACUUUGAACAAGUGCCAGUUGGGAUCUUGGCUGUGAUUGGCAAGUGAACCCGGAUCGCCGGCCAACGUGCAAACUCUGACUGAUUUGUAGAGUGUGAGACACUGUGGUCUAAGCGGUGCAGUGUUUAAACUUUUGAGCUAGCAGCCUGGGUUUGAAACCCAGUCAUGUCAGCCCCCUCCCACCUCUGACUUCAACUAUUAAGUGGCUGCAGCAAAAUUAAGCCACCUUGACACUUGCGCGAAUUUGAUCCCCGCACUGCCACGCAAUUUGUUGUGCCAAUGUGUCCCGCUUGAAGGCACACUAUGUAAAAUAAAGCCUGUGCCAUAUCAUUUCAUAGCCAAUGACACAUUUGCUCUCAGAACUUGGCUGAUGAAACCAUUCUCUGUGCUCCCAGAAUCACAACGAAAUUAUCAACAGCUACAGGUUGUCUCGUGCUUGUCAUGUGGUGGGGAACGCAUUUUGAAUCUGGUCUCAAAGGUAAUUAUUGAUAAUAAAUACAUAUUGGAUUGGAUUGGUAAAACAAUUGCAUUUUAUUCCUUCUUAUGAGUUAGAUAAUGCAUCUGUUUAUUAUAGCUGUAACAUCUCUUCAUAAUCUAAUCUCAGGUUCAGAUGCCCUGCGCGGAAUGACAUGCAGUGUUUUCAAAUAGGUUGCACAAUGUUCACGACUGGCUCACACAAGUGGCACGAAAUGUAUGCAUGCCAGAAAUUUUUAACAUUUAAAAAUUUUCUGUGCACACUGGCAUGCAGCUGCUCAAAGUUCAUGCAGUUUACGAUGCAUUUACUCAUUGCCACCCAAUAUUGCGUACCCGUGCGGGGAUCAAAUUUGUGUGAUUGUCAAGGUGCCUUUAUAAAGAUCGAUAAUAACAAAUAAUUUGGAACCACAGAAAGGUUAUUUUGGCUCUGCAUAUGGAUAGAAAACAAAAGUAAAGGGGUACACUAUCAUAAUUGUGACCUAGAUUAACAAAUUAGAAGUGCCACACGACUAGAGUUUUGUUUUAUUAAUACAACUCUGUACGGAUAGAUACUUCCAUUGUACAUCGAGGUCUGUGUAUAUCAAGCUGGGCUGCCUGGACAAUUAAGCAAGCACUGUAUUUAUCUUGAUACGUUCUCUUUGUGCCAAACAUUAUUAGCCAGGUUCACUGACAAAUAUUUGACGUAUAUCUUAUUGAAUAAGUCAGUGUGUUUGUUGUAUUUUUGUUUUUUGUUUUUUUCUCAGCAUAAUCUUUGAAUUGCAUUGCCUUUUCUGUAUUGCACGCUGUUUAUCUGUGAACUGAACUGUACUGUAAAAAAUGUUUAAAAAAUUACGUUUGGCUGUUGUUGGUGAUGGAUGUAUCUGAAUUUGUGGUUUAAUAAAGUGUGUUUGAUUCUC